AUGACUGUCCAUAGAGACCCUAACUUCCUCUGGCAAUCUCACCAUCCACGAUGGCAUCCAAAACCAUACACAGAAUGGAGGAGAGAACAUGACAUAGAGGACCAACCCACUAGGACAUAUGCACCCAUAUCUACGAACUGUUUAUUAUAUACAAUUCAUAGGCACUGGUGGCGGGGGAAUUGGUUUCUCCUGACUCUGCUCAUAGUCUGUUAUUUUCCCUGUGAGGCUUGGGGUGUCACUUUCAAGAUUGCACUGGUGGGACCUUGGACAUGUGACCCCAUGUACUCCAAAGCCCUGCCUGACGUGGCUGCUCGAUUAGCUAUGGCGCGCAUCAAUAAAGACCCCUACCUCAGUAAAGGAUACUGGUAUGAUUACACUUUAAUCAAUGAGGACUGUCAGACUUCUAGGGCUUUGGCCCGCUUCAUUGAGUUGGAAGGAUAUGGCUCUGUUUUUCUUGGGCCAGCCAACCCGGGUUACUGCUCCUCUGCUGCUCUUCUAGUCAAGAACUGGAAUGCAGGCAUCCUGUCCUGGGCAUGCCUGAAAGCCAACAAGGACGAUGGGACAUACCCGACAUUCCUUCAGCCUCUGCCACUUUCGUCUCGGGUACUCUUUGCUGUGCUGCGCUUCUUUCGCUGGGCGCAUGUAGCCAUUGUGUCAGAGGAAAAUGACAUAUGGGAGGCAACUGGACAAGAGCUUGCUGCCUCGCUGCGAACCCUCGGCCUACCCAUCAGUACUGUGGUUACCAUGGAGACAGAUGAAGAUGGGCCCCGGAAAGCUUUAGAGAAAAUCCGUGAGGCAGAUCGUGUGAGAGUGGUCAUCAUGUGCAUGCACUCUGUUCUUAUGGGUGGAGAGGCUCAACACAAGUUGCUGACUAUGGCGAUGCACAUGCGUAUGGUAGACCGUGGUUACAUCUUCAUCCCAUAUGACACCCUACUCUAUGCGCUGCCAUAUAAAAACGUGACCUAUUCGGUACUGGCUAAUGACACCCACCUGCGGCGGGCAUACGAUGGAGUCCUCACCAUCACCAUGGACCAAGGGGAGCAGAACUUCUACGAAGCCUUUAAAGAAGCCCGGGAUAGCUACGAGAUCCGCAGCAGUGCUGAACCUGAACAAGUCUCUCCAUUCUUUGGCACCAUCUACAACAUGCUGUACUACAUAGCCAUGGCAACAGAAAAGAGUAGGUUGGCAGGAGGAGGCCGUCGGGUGACAGGUGAGGCUCUGGCUCAUAACGAAGGAGGCUUCGAGUUCAUGGGCUUCAAUCAACUCAUUUCGGCAGGCAGCAAUGGUGAGGGCAUGCAAGCACGCUAUGUGGUGCUGGACACAGAUGGCACUGGUGCCACCCUCCAGCGGACACAUGUCCUGGAGGCACCACACACAUACGGGAAAUUUGGUGCACUCAAGUACAUGGGGAAGUCCAUCCACUUUGCAGGUGCCUCCCCCAGCACUGACCCCAACUGCUGGUUCAGCAGCUACGUGGCCUGCAGCGGUGGAAUGGAUGGAGUGACCUUCUUUUUCCUUUGCCUCCUUUUCUGUGCUUUAAUUACUGCAAGUAUUUUCCUCUACCACAUGAAGAUUACUGGACAACUUGGUGUGUUGGGAGGGUUCGGAGGGGGAGGUAUUUCAACCCCCACUAAGAUAGUGCUCACACUGGAUGACCUGGUCUUUAUUAACACACAACUGAGCAAGAGGAAGCUAAACGAAGACAGCAUGACGAAGAGUCAGUUAGAUGAGAAAACAUCUCGUCACUCCGUCUCAGGACGGAGCUACUUCACGUCCACUCCUGAAAUCUCCAAUGUGGCUGUGUUUGAGGGUGACUGGGUAUGGUUGAAAAAAUGCCAAAAUGGAGACACUGUCACAGAGAUCAGUGAGACCACACAGUCCAUCUUCAUCAAGCUGAGGGAUAUGCGUCAAGAGAACCUAAACCCGUUCCUGGGCCUGUUUCUGGACUCAGGGAUAUUCGGCAUUGUGACUGAACACUGCACAAGAGGCAGCCUGGAGGAUUUACUUAACAAUGAAGAAAUGAGACUUGACUGGAUGUUCAAAUCAUCUCUGCUUAUGGACCUGGUCAGGGGACUGAAGCAUCUGCAUAAUAGGGGUAUCAUUCAUGGGCGUCUGAAGUCUCGAAACUGUGUGGUGGACGGUCGGUUUGUUCUAAAGGUGACAGAUUAUGGUUUGAACAAAAUCAUGAGCUCCCUAAACAUCUCCCAGGAUGACAGCAGGCCAGAGGACCAGUUGUGGACAGCCCCAGAACUUUUGAGGAGCUUGAAACUGAGGAGCAAGGGCACAUACAAGGGCGAUGUCUACAGCUUUGCCAUAAUUAUGCAGGAGGUCAUCUCACGCUCUGCCCCAUUUUGCAUGCUGGACAUGCCUGCGAAAGAGAUCAUAGAUAAGGUAUGCAGUCCUCCUCCUCUCUGCCGACCCUCUGUAUCAGUGGACGAGGCUCCACUGGAGGUCAUUCAGAUCAUGAAGCAGGCCUGGAGCGAAGAUCCAGAACUGAGACCCUCAUUCGAGGAGAUCUUCAAACAGUUUAAGAAUAUCAGUAAGGGAAGAAAGACCAACAUCAUCGACUCCAUGCUGCGCAUGCUAGAGCAAUACUCCACCAAUCUGGAAGACUUGAUCCGUGAGAGAACAGAGGAACUGGAAGUGGAGAGACAGAAAACAGAUGCCCUUGUGGCCCAGAUGCUGCCCAAGACAGUUGCUCUGGCUCUGAAGAAAGGGAAGCCAGUGACACCAGAGCAUUUUUCAGAGGCAACGCUGUACUUCAGCGACAUUGUGGGGUUUACCACCAUCUCAGCCCUGAGUGAGCCCAUUGAGGUGGUGGACCUUUUAAAUGACCUCUAUACCCUUUUUGACUCUAUCAUUGGCAUGCACGAUGUCUACAAGGUCGAGACCAUCGGUGAUGCCUACAUGGUGGCCUCAGGAGUUCCCACCCGCAACGGCAACCGGCACGCAGCCGAGAUGGCCAACAUGUCUCUGGACAUCCUGUCCUGCAUUGGCACAUUUAAAAUGAGACACAUGCCUAGUGUCAAAGUCAAAAUUCGCAUUGGACUCCACUCUGGUCCAGUAGUCGCCGGAGUGGUGGGGUUGACAAUGCCCAGAUAUUGUCUGUUCGGUGACACAGUCAACACAGCGUCCCGAAUGGAGUCCACAGGGUUGCCUUACAGAAUACAUGUCAACCAGAGCACAGUAGACAUCCUCAGAGAGCUCAAGCUCGGAUACCAGAUAAAUUCCAGGGGCAAAACGGAGCUUAAGGGUAAGGGAGUCGAGGAGACAUUUUGGUUAGUGGGGAGGGACGGAUUCACCAAACCCCUGCCCAUACCACCGGAUCUUACACCAGGGGCGAGUAACCACGGCAUCAGCUUGGAGGAGAUACCUACAGACAGAAGGCAGCGCUUCCUGGACCGGCAAAAGAGGAUGGGUUAAAGAAGGAGCUUCAGGGAUAUGCAAGCAGUGAUGCUGAUCUUCCUCCACCAGCUGUGACCGGACCUCUGACAUUCAGCGACAGAUUCAGGCAUAAUUCAGCAUGGGGUGGGACGAAAGAAGAUGCCCUGGGGAUCAUUUUCUUACACUACUACUAUGUGAUGAUCCCAAAACACACAUUCGGAGCUGGAUGUUUUUCAAGCGCCUCAGCCUCUCAACCACUGCCAUUCUACUACACAUUAAAACCAGAAUAUAUCCAAUACAUUAACUGUCCAGGUGCAUAUAUACAUAAAAAAAACCCAGUGAAGCUUUGUAGUCAGUGUUUCAAUCCAAUUUUAAAGAGGAUACAGGUGUAGACAAGAGGACAAAGGAAGCUUGAAAGAUUAUGAUUUGUGGACAUACAUUUUCUUUUGUAAAAAAACAACAACUAAUAAAACAAAUGCUUGUUUGUAAAGCAUCUGCUUGAUCAUAUAUAAUCCAUGAAAGGAUUGAAUGCAAAUAAUGCCAAUGCAGUCUUCUUCUGUAAGUGAUUUAUUCUGGUCAGCAAAAUAUAGGCUUCUUAAAUGAUUAUUUAAAAUGAUUUGCACAGAAUCUUACAUGUUAGAGUAGUACAAAUGGUUAAGCAGAAGCCAAAAGGAACUUUCUACACAGAACACUUUGUUUAUUUUGGAGAGAAUUCCUGUGUAAUGACACAUAUCCAGAGUCACGGUUGGCCAAGACUGCACAUUUAGAUAAAAAAUUCUGUCAAACAGCCGAGAGAACAGGACAAAACUCUCACAACCACGUUGACGCUUUACACUUCUGAGUUUUCUGUGCAAACUCAAUAGAUCUUUCCCACUUCUUUCUUUGCCCAAAAUGAAGAUGAUCAAGUUGUUGAGCCUGAACAAAAAUUCCUGUUAUCACACAAACUUGCUAACAUUUUUUAAUCAGCCAGCGAUGUGUACAUGAAUCGUGACGUGUAAUCCCAUUUUCUUAUCAUGACAAAAGGCUGAAUGUACCAUACAGCCACUCCAUAAUGAAGCACAACACGCAAGCUGAUAUAUGGAACUGGGGAAACUUUGCAAGGGGUCGUUGUUAUCGCAUCAACUGCAGUUCUACCGGACUCCAGAAUCACCUGCAACGUCUCUGUGCACUGAACUUUACUGUUCUGUCAGGUUCUGAAGUAGGCCAUGUUUUCUACUAAAAAGUUAUGUUAAUGUAGAAUGUAGGUACUGUCAAACUGUAAAUCUGA